AAGUUUUUGUGAUGAGGGUAUCUUUUGUUGUUGUUGUUGUUAUAGAUGUGGAUGACCUUGUGAUAGAAAAACUCUUACGCACCCAAAAUAAAAAAUACAGAAAAUAAUAAUUCUGCUUCCAAAGAGAUCCAUAAGUGUGCGUGUUCAAGUUGAUUUGCUGUUAGAAGACUAUGGUUAUGUCGUGGAAGAGCUAGAGAGUGGGAAAGCUUCUUAAAGAUCUGUGUUUAGUAUUUUUCGUUUACUUAUUGAUCAGACGACAAAUCUCUCAUUUAUUUCUCGAGGAGAGGAUGAAAGAUAUUGAGCAAUUCAGAGAACAUAAGCUAAAAACAUCCGAGACUUUUGUAAUAAAGAACCUUGGAAACCUUACAUAAGACAGCUCAUAAUUCACAUUUUAAUGGGAAAAUCAUUCUUAGGAAAAUCUAUUUUAUCCUUUUUUAUUUUUUUUCUUCUUGCUCUGCUUUUAGGCUGGGCUCGAGUUGUCAUGGUUUAGUUUGUAACAGAGUUAAAUAAAGUAGACCAAAUAUUAUGCUCUUUGAUAAACUAGCUUUGACAAGCAAGAGUUAAGGUUGACUAUUCUUGUAACCAAAAGUUCCAAGUUUUGAAAUGCUAAUUAUUACUAUAUAUGCUAUUUGUAAACGACUUUUCGUGCAUUUGCUAGUUAGUUUCUAAUGAGAAUUUGUAAUUCUUUCAGAUCUUGGUGGCCAGUGUCUGAAUGGAGUGUGAAUGGGAAAAUUUAAUAUCUUUUGGUACAUCAUCAGCUGAAAUUCCAAGAAAGCUACGACCAAUGGAUUGGGAAACCGAUGAGUUUGAUUGUAGCUUUCCUACAGCUGCUUAUGGUAGUAGUUCAGGUCUAGCUCAUGCUUUCUCUAAAAGCUCAAAGUCAACUUCCAUUAGCUCCUCAUCACCUGAAGCGAGAACACUCAACUUCACAUCAGAAGAGUUGGGGAGCAGUGAAGAGUUUGCGAAAGGAAUCAAUACAUCUCCGAGUCUUGAACUUUCCUUUGGCUCUGGUGAUCCAGUUCUUGGUUUAAAGCUUGGUAAGAGAACAUACUUUGAAGACUUUUGGGAAGUGGAGAACGGCGCCAGAGGCUCGGCACUUCCUGCGAGUCUUGUGUCAUCUUCUGCUUCUCCGGUGAAGAGAACGAAAUCUGUUACUCAGAAGGUACAAAUUCCUCGUUGCCAAGUUGAAGGAUGUAACCUCGAUCUCUCGUCAGCUAAAGACUAUCAUCGCAAACACAGGAUCUGUGAGAACCAUUCAAAGUUCCCUAAAGUCGUUGUGAGUGGCGUAGAACGUCGGUUCUGCCAACAAUGUAGCAGGUUCCACUGUCUCUCUGAGUUUGAUGAGAAGAAACGUAGCUGUCGCAGGCGUCUCUCAGAUCACAAUGCAAGACGUCGCAAGCCAAAUCCUGAGAGGACAUAUGAAGGGAAACAACAAAUGGAUUUUGUAUGGAACAGAUUUGCUCUUAUCCAUACAAGGAGUGAGGAAAAAUUUCUAUGGCCAAAUCCAAAACCUAUACCAUCUAGAGGGUUAAUACAGCAAUCUGCAAAGACUAGAGCUGAGUUGCUCAGUAAAGAAAAGGUGACAAUCUCUUCAAGCAUGGGUGCUUCUCAAGAUCUUGAUGGUGCUCUCUCUCUUCUGUCAAAUUCAACAUCAUGGGUUCCCUCUGACCAGCCAACACGGUUUUCCCUUGAUCACCACCCCACAACCAACCUCCAACCCAUGGCUCCCCGGUCCGUGACUCAACUCAGUACGGUGUCCGACUAUUGGCAGCCGGACCCACCAGCGGUUGAAGGCCCAACCGAUCUACGUAGAAACGCGGUAGGCCAGUUUAAUGAGAACUACUUCAGCUUGAACCAGUUUUAUAACUGAAUAUGUAUUGCGUUGAAAUCCUGUUAAGAUGUUAUGUAAGGAUCAUGGCAGGCAUAGUGUUAACGUUAAUAUAGGAGCUGUGAAACUUGCUGAGACACCAAAUCCUCUCUUCUUUAUUUUCUCCAUUUAUUUUUUGGGGGAUUGAGAGAGCUGUGACAAUUUGUCUUAUAAAUCAUCUUGUCGUGUUAUUAUACAUUAGAAUUUUCAUA